CAAGGAGAAAGUUGACUAUAAUUUUGUGUCCACGGUAAACAAUACACAUCAGCCACCAGCAAAAUCAUGGUAAAUUUAAAAUAGCUGCGGCUGGAAAUGACUUAAGGUUUUGGUUACUUUGGCAAGUGAUGACCAGUUUCUUCGAAGGAGCUGUUUCUUUGCUUAAAUAGCAGUACAGUUUGCCUUGAGCACUGAGGCCACCGUCACCAGUGGAUUAAGAGUAUGCUCUGAAUAAACUCAGAAACACGGUGCAUUUUCUACCAAGAUAUCCACACUGGAUCACAUACAACAACAAUGCCUAAACCUUUUAAAGAACAACCUUUCAUUCAAAAAGUGCCAGGAUGGCAAAGUGGGUACAAGGAUUAACUAUAAUUGUGCAGGCUCACUCCCCAUAUCAAUCUCAUUUUCUUUUGUCAUGUCCAUCAGACAGGUGACAAGGAGCCACAUUGUUUCGGACAAAAGUCUGUUAAAUGUAGUAAAUGUAAAGUGAGACUUGCUUGUAUUGUAGUCUUGCUCACUGGAUGUAGGCUGAGGAUUUAAGACUGCAAUUGGAGGCCUAUGUCAGGUAGCAUUUUCCUCCCUUUCCACUUCCACUGCCCUUUACCAUUUUCAAAAUCCCCUUUGCUACAUGAUUUUAACUGUACAAUCACACAGGUGACAUAAGUCUUUGCUGACACUAUUUUUCAGGGGCAUUGUCACUGCAUCCUGGGCUCACCUGAGAAGAUUGUAAUUGGUUUAAAAAAAAUGCAAACAAGGCAGUGCCCCCCCCCCCCCCCCCCCCCAAUAGCAGAAGGAUUAUGGGUGCAGCCAGACCAUUCUCCAGUGGCGAUGGGCAACUAUUUGUGCUGUGACUCCUUACUCCUUGGUGCUACUGCCUCAUAACAGGCCGCUAACGGUAAAGGCUGAAGUUAAAAGUGUUGACACAAGUAUGAUUUCUUCACAUCCUUAUGCAUUCCUGAUAAAAUAUUUAGCUGAUGCUUCCCCUUCAAUGUUUUAAGGCAGUGUCCUCAGCAUGGUUUGGUCUUCGAAUUGUUGCAAGCAGAAUCUAUUACUUGGCUUCUUGUAAAACCCAAAUGUGAGGGAGAAAUAUAACAUCAACUCUUGUGAGAGCCCUGGUGUAGCUACUUUUACCAAGAACAGAAGCUGUCACUUUAUUGCUUUGUAACUCAUCUGCACCAACUGGAAAGAAGAAGAAAAAGAGAAUGAAUCAGCUGAUUUUACAGGUCGACAUCUGCUCUAAUAUAUUUAUAUUGGCACAGUAAAACAAUGUAAAUUGGCAUGAACACUUUAAGGUCCUUACCACAUCAACAAAAUGAUCAACAUGUUUCUCCUUUUUAGGAAAAAAAAAAACAAACAUCUCCAGACCUCAAACAGUAACUGCCUGGCCUCCCUUAUCUACUCCACCAGACCCUUUGGCCUUUAGCCAGCCAUGGCUUUUAAUUCCUAUCUUUUCACAAAAUAGGUGGGCUGAUGAAAUAUAAGUUGAAAUUAAACAGGUUUAUGAUCCAAACACUCUCUAUGUUGCUGCCGCGGAUGUGACUUUUGUUUUGGCCACUAGUCACAAAUCUGUUAUUAAAAUAAGCCAGACUAAUUUCUGCUAUGUGGAGAAAUGUCUCCAAUAAAACUUCAAUGCAGUUAUUUGUAACAUAAAAUAAACUUCUCAUGGAAAAUACUUAGUUAUUGUUUUUGACUGUGACCAGUGCCACUGCUGGUCACAAAGGUUUUCUCCAGCACAGCAACAUUGAUAUACUGAGCUGCUGAGGCAGCAAGCUGCAGGCUUUGUAGGUUUGUCUGAUGCCAGGUGGAGAGACAGCAAGCACAGAGAAAACAGGGCUGAAGCAGCCUAAAUAUAAGUAAUAUAUGGGUAAAAGAAGUCAAACAAUAUAGUAAGAAAUAUAGUUUACCUACAGUUAUGUGUGGGAAAUGGGGUUUAACACACAACAAGGCCCUUUCACAAGAAAAAUAAGCAGAGCAAGUGUCGGUAUUAACAGGUUUUAAAUGCUUGAGAAAAAAGAUAAACUAGAAAAUAAAAUUUAAACAAAACUGAUUGAGGGGCAACUGCUCUGUCUUUUGGCUAAAUAAUCCAGAAAAACAAUUGCAUUUCUUGAAAUAGUUUGUGGUUUUUAAACGUCACAUAAUUCACAUUGAGAGGCACCAGAUCUGUUUCAUGUUUGCAGGUUUUUAUUUCUAAACAGCAACAAAAAACAUUGGUAAGGUAAGUAGCUGGUUGAGAAAACAACACCACUCCUGCUGACUGAGUCUAGAUUUGUUUUGAACAUCUAAGGAGAUGGACUUGUUGGUGUUUUUGAAUGUAUCUCUUCGUGUUGUUUUUGUGAAAUCUCUCCUGCAGUUACAUUUGUUAGAUCUUCUAGGACACAUCUGAUGAGGCCUUGCACUCACUGGCAUGACUCAUUCAGAACCAGAUUUAAAAUGGACACUUUUGUCCCGUGAGGCUCUUGUGGCGGAGGAGAUAAGAGACCCUGUGAAGACCUUUGAAAUACAGAGCUUUAAUGACAAGUUCAACUGACCUUUUAUUUUCCAUUUUGCAUUGAAAGCAACCAAUUCCUUUUCUUUUUCCUAGCAACCAAUCAUUCCCACUUUAUAGGGAUUUCUUUGAGCUCAUACGUGUGAUGUUCCGCCUUAACAUCCUGGUCUGAUGUUACAUGUUUUUGUUUUACUGCAUCCUAACCUGUGGCUGCACCCUCCCACUCCCUGUCCAUUUGCAUGUCAACCCUUUACCGGGCCAGCUGCUGCUGCCCUUUUCUUUCUUCAUGUUGAAUUCUAAUCAUUACUUUCAAAGGAGAGCGUCUCCAAAGCUCCUUUAUCAAGUGCUCGUACUGGGAGGAGGCGAGCCGCUGUCCGACACCCACUCUGGCUGCUCUUCUUACAACCUCCGUUCUGCAAACAGCAAGCACUUCCUAUUUGUGACCUGCUUCUUUAAGUUUGGGGAAAACAACCAACAUAUGGAAGAAGAAGCUCUGCAGUGAUGCCAUGAGGUUGAUUCUGGUUAAACCCACCAAUGCCACGCGACGUCUUGACUCAACAGGUGAAGUCUUCCACGACGGUGACCAUGAGCAUUGCAUCGCAGGAGGUCCGUCCCCUCCGACAAAGACCCCUGAGGGGAAGCAUGAUCGAUACUCUGGAACCUCAGUUGAAGCAUCUCCAUCCCAACAGGAGACGAGUCUGUGCUGUGUUUCAUCUUCACCCCACAAAAGAUCUAAUGGAAUCAGUCCUCCGAGAGUUUCAGUCCAGAUGUCGCCGCUGAAAACCCAAAACCUAACCUUAUCACAGCUGAGCGAUCAGGACUGGCUGCUGCUUUGUGGCCAGGUUAGCAGCGUAGGAGAUGAUUCACCCUCAGCAGAAAGAGCAGGGACCAGUGUGGGACAUCCAAACCAUAAUGACAGAUGUGGUUGUACCUGUCCUGAUGCACACCAGCAUUCAGAAGCUUCUACUUUUCAACCAAAAUCAAAACACAGUACAGUCCAAGACUGCCUCUCCAGAGUUACAAACAAGAGGAGUCUUUCGUCUUCACCAUACACCCAGUCUUUAUCUCAAAGCACCCAAGGUUCAACCUCCUGCCAGGUUUUGCCACAGCAAGCAAACCAAAGGGAUCCCUUGAAACCUGCAACAAACCAUCUACAAGAUAAUUUCAUGCCUCAGUGCAGUGACCACGAAGGUCGCAAGGAGCUUCUGCAGCAGCACCCUUGCAAUCAUUUUAAACUCAAAGACAGCAGCCAAGCAACCCGUCCAAAUUUGUUCAACAUCCCUCUAAACUCUGUGGAGUGUGCUGAGACCAAUCAGAAAGUUCACCAAUGGCCUCAGCCUGCUGUCAGUGCAGACCUCAACUGGAGAGAGCUUUUCGGUAAAGAACCACUGUUAGUUCAGCAAAGUCAAAAGCAAGACUCUCACAGCUCGAUAUCUGGUGAUCAAACCUGCAGGUCUUCUGGGGAUCCCUCGAUUGCCCUCAAGUGCCGUCAUCUCCCGUACAACCCUCUGACCAGUACUCCGCGGGUGAAGAGGUCAUCGACACCAGCCAGUAAUAAAAGUGUCCAAUCCUUCUCCAUCAGCCAGUAUAGUUCACUCGAGAACCAGGAUUUAGUCGAGGAGAGAACUAGACAGAGACAAAGUCAGACAGACUCUCAGCAGCUCAGUGGAUCAAAACUCUCUUUCCCUAAACAUACCCCCCCGCCAUCUGACAACUUAGAAACUAGUGACACAGUUAACGGGGAUGCAGUGCGGCCGCUGAGCAGCUGUGGCACUGUAACAUCCAGUCUUGCAGAUCUUCACUCAGGCCAACAGCCUCUUCAGCUUCUUCACAGUGCCAUCCUCGAAGACGCCUUCUCCAAAGUCAUCAGAGAGGACUCCAGUAAGGCCAACAGUGACAACCUGACCAGGGAGGAAGGCGGGGUACCACAGAAGAAAACGAAGGACAUUAGCUACCGGCUGGGUCAAAGAAGAGCUCUCUUUGGGAAGCGCAAACAAUUGAGUGACUACGCCUUGGUGUGUGGGAUGUUCGGCAUUAUUGUCAUGGUGAUCGAGACAGAGCUUUCGAGGGGAUAUUACAACAAGGAAUCCAUAUAUUCAUAUGUACUGAAAGGCCUGAUCAGCCUUUCUACUGCUAUACUUCUCGGACUCAUAGUGAUGUACCAUGCAAGGGAAAUCCAGCUUUUCAUGGUUGAUAAUGGGGCAGAUGAUUGGAGGAUAGCUAUGACCCUUGAGCGGAUUCUGUUUGUUGUGUUUGAGCUACUGGUCUGUGCCAUCCAUCCAAUCCCGGGCCAGUACGUGUUCACCUGGACGGCUCGGCUGGCCUUCAGCUACACAGCAUCAGUAGAGGACGCUGACGUCGACAUCAUCCUCUCUGUGCCCAUGUUCCUGCGCCUCUACCUCAUUGGCCGGGUCAUGCUGCUUCACAGCAAGCUGUUCACAGACGCUUCCUCCCGCAGCAUUGGGGCGCUCAACAAGAUCAACUUUGACACUCGUUUUGUGAUGAAGACUCUGAUGACUAUCUGCCCCGGCACAGUCCUGUUGGUCUUCAGUGUGUCCUGUUGGAUCAUUGCAGCAUGGACCGUGCGUGUAUGUGAGAGGUAUCAUGAUGCACAGGAAGUGACUAGUACCUUCCUUGGAGCAAUGUGGCUAAUCUCCAUCACCUUCCUGUCAAUCGGCUACGGAGACAUGGUCCCUCACACCUACUGUGGAAAAGGAGUUUGCCUGUUAACAGGAAUUAUGGGAGCGGGCUGUACAGCUUUAGUUGUUGCUGUUGUUGCAAGGAAGUCAGAACUCACCAGAGCCGAGAAGCACGUCCAUAAUUUCAUGAUGGAUACCCAACUCUACAAAAAGAUAAAAAACACAGCUGCUAACGUGUUGAGGGAGACGUGGCUCAUCUACAAAAACACCAAGCUGGUCAAGAAAAUUGACCAUGCCAGAGUACGUCACCAUCAACGUAAAUUCCUGCAAGCCAUCCACCAACUGCGAAGAGUCAAAAUGGAGCAAAGGAAACUAACUGACCAGGCCAAUACAGUUGCUGACCUUGCCAAGACUCAGAACAUGAUGUAUGAUCUAGUGUCAGAGCUGCAGCAUCGGAGCGAAGAGCUGGACAGGAGGAUUGUUGCUCUGGAAGAGAAACUGGACUCCCUCCUUCUCAGUGUGCAGUCACUGCCCGUUGUGCUUUCUCAUGCAAUAACAAAGCUACAGAAGGAUUUCCUGGACGACUUGGCUUGUCGUGUCCACUUCCUGUCAUCCUCCCUGAGCUCUGAGUGCUGUCCGGUCCCUGCCAGGCAGCUCUGUCCAGGAUCCACCACGCCAGAGACACCUUACAGCUGAUGGGCCUCGCUCAGUGGUUUCCCUCACAGUCUGCAACCUUUUUUUUCAUGCUGGGGAGGAUUUUCUCGACUUUUUUUUUUGUAACACUCUGUUACGCAAUCAUAUAGUUACAAACAUUCACCCCUGGGAAUUACAGCUACAGAGUCAUGUUGAGCAGCCCCAAUGAGAGGGGAAGUGUUUCUGUCAGGGGACUGUAGAGGAAGGGGAAACCAUCAUCCCUUCAUUUCCUCUGCUCAAAGUUGUUAGUUCAGGGAUUGGGGUUUCACCUGUAAAUCGACCAACAUUAGUCCAUACAGCCUCUCUUGAUUGCACCCCAGUGAACACUAUACUGUAAGGGAGGAUGUUCAUGGAGAACUUAUGUAUAAUUGUCAACUGUUACAUAACAUCUAUUAUUAAAACAUCUUAUCACA